AUGGCUACGCCUCGGGGGGCUGCCACUCCCACGACGGCAAUUCAGCAUCAGUCACUUCCAUUCUCUGAAGAUGCACGUAGGAACAGCGGCAGAUUUGAUCCGGAGGCUGUCGUAUGGGAUCGUCCCGACGAUUUAGAAGACCCAAUGAACUGGCCGACCUCCCGAAAGGCGGUCAACAUCGGUCUCAUGUCGCUUUUGACUAUCAUUUCCCCGCUGGGUUCUUCCAUGUUUGCCCCCGGGGUCGCCCAGCUCAUGGCAGAGUUCAACAGCACGUCUAAACUUUUGGCUACGUUUGUGGUAUCAAUAUACAUUCUCGGUUAUGCGUUUGGACCAUUGCUAUGGGCGCCGCUAAGCGAAAUAUAUGGGCGCGUCUACAUGUACCAUAUCGGAAAUUCUGUCUUUGUUAUACUCUGUAUUGGUGCCGCACUUAGCAAGUCCAUGGGUACGCUCCUCACUCUUCGCUUAUUCAUGGGGAUAUUUGGGUCAGCACCAACCACUGUUGGGAUAGGGAGUAUCAUGGAUACGGUCACACUUGAAUGGCGAGGAAGGAUACUGGCCCUGUGGGCAAUGGGACCUCUUCUUGGUCCUUGUAUUGGGCCGGUCAUUGGUGGUCAUAUAACUGAAGGCCCAGGAUGGAGAUGGGUCUACUGGUUUCUGGCUAUUCUGGGAGGUGUCUUAGGCAUCUGUGGAAUGGUUUUGAUGCGAGAAACGUAUGCCCCUGCGAUCUUGGAACGAAAAGCCCGUCAUCUACGCAAGACGACAAACAAUCCCAGUCUUCGAAAUAGCUUGGGCACGCGCGAUUGCCAUCUAGUCAAGCUCGCCAUGAUACGUCCUCUUAAGUUAUUAUUCACAGCACCAUUGGUUGCCGUGGUAUCGCUGUAUGUUAGUGUUGCCUAUGGUACUUUCAACCUCCUUAUUGCCACUUUCUCAUUUGUGUACGCGGAGCGAUAUCAUUUCAACGAGGAGUCUGUUGGACUUUCCUUUCUUCCCCUCGGUAUUGGUAUGAUAUUGGGAGUUGGAACAUACGGUUAUCUUUCCGACCUUCUUGUGCGAAAGGCAAAAGAGAGACAAGGUUCCGAUGGGCCCUAUCAGCCCGAGGUAAAGCUUUCCCCAUGGGUAACUGUGCCAGUCGGUGUCGCUUUACCAGGCGGCUUACUCAUGUACGGAUGGACGAUACAGUACGGAGUUCAUUGGAUUGUACCUAUGAUCAGUGUUGCUAUAUUCUCGUUCAGCCUUAUGGGCGCCACGGUAUGUUCAAUGCUCUCUAGUCCCUCUUCCGAAACUCGUUAA